AUGAAUACUAAUCGUGGAUUACUUAUUGUAUUGGAAGGAAUUGAUCAAUCAGGAAAAUCAUCAGCUGCACAAAGGGUUUGUGAGAUGUUGGAAAAAAAAGGUAUUCAAAGUAUUAAACAACCAUUUCCUGAUAGAUCAACUGAUAUUGGAAAAUUAAUUGAUGAAUUUCUUCAUGGAAAGAAUUUACCACAACAAGUUGUUCAUUUACUCUAUUCUGCUAAUAGAUGGGAAGUUGCCCAAAAAAUUAAAGAAACUUUAGAGAAAGGAAUUACUAUUAUUUGUGAUAGAUACGCUUUUAGUGGAAUUGUUUAUAGCAUCGCUAAUGGAUUAGAUGAAAGGUGGUGUAAUUCUGCAGAUUCUGGAUUACCAAAACCUGAUAUUGUUUUCUUCCUUGAAUUAUCUCUUGAAGACGCAGAACAAAGAAGAAAAACAAUGAAAACAGAUCGUUAUGAAAACAUUAAAUUUCAAAGCAAAGUUAAAUGUGAGUAUGAAAAAUUUAAAGAUUCUAUGAAAUGGACUUGUAUAGACGCUCGUCAAUCAAAAGAAGAAGUUGCAUUAGAAAUUACCAGUAUAAUAGAACAACAACUUCCUCAACUCUCUAACCAACCAAUUAAAACAUUAGAUUUAAUUUAA